UAGCUGGGGCUAUAUAAAUGCACGAGGGGGUUAGCCCCGCCCCUUUCCUAUCCGCGCCCGCAGCAGCCGCCAUGGAUACGAGCCGCGUGCAGCCCAUCAAACUGGCCCGGGUCACCAAGGUGCUGGGCCGGACGGGCUCGCAGGGCCAGUGCACCCAGGUUCGUGUUGAAUUCAUGGACGACACCAGCAGAUCCAUCAUCCGGAACGUAAAGGGGCCUGUCCGUGAGGGGGAUGUCCUGACGUUGCUGGAAUCUGAGCGUGAAGCAAGGCGAUUACGCUGAUCUGCAUGCUGUAGCUUGUUAUUUAAGAAACAAAUGUUUGUUGGUGAUGGAAGCAGAACAAAGUUCUAUAGGAAGAAAAUAUUGAAACUAUUUCCAGAGGCUACCUCUUCUGAGCUACUUUGUUCCUCACUUUCAUUUAAAACUCAUUACAAGUGCUGUAGCUGAAUUGCCAUACAAAAGAUCUCAUCCGGUGUUGGCUGAAA